AAAAGAAAAUAAACAGGCUGGCAGCACCAAUUUUCCUUUUCAUGAAAAGUCUCCUCUGACACGUGUCUUCUCCAAUAUUAAUAUUGAAAAAAAUGGGUAGAAUUGUGAAAAUAAAAAGUGGGACUGGAAAUAAGACAUUCAUAAGAUCGCUCUUGAACCCUUCACAAUUCAAACCGAAUCACGUGCGCCGUAGUCCCGAACAUAUAAGGCUUUUGAAGCAUUUGCGGGAAAUGGAAUCCGAAGUGGCAAAGCUUCAAAAGGUUCAAACUUUAUCUGCCAAAGAAUUGGGCGACAAGGAUGAGUACAUCGACUUCCUUAAGUCGUCAGUUAAGGGUUUCAGAGAGGAAAGUUCUAGAAUUUCCAGAUCCAAUGACCUAUCCGUCAAACUGCUGACUGGAGCAAAUAUGCUUCAGAAAAAGGAAUUGGAUGAAAUUUAUCGUUUAUACGAUCGUUCGCUGCUCGACUCUCGUCGGGAAAAAGAGAAGAAUAAGAAACUUCAAUCAGAGCUCACUAAGCUACAGGAGCAGAUCAAAGAUAAAAAUUCCGAGCUUAUAGAAAAAGAUAAGAAGAUUGAAGCUCAAAUUACCGUUUUGAAGCAGCAUAGGCGUGAGAUCACAUACAAGAAGCAUGAAAUUGAAAAAUUGCAUGAAGGUUUGGAAAUGGCCCUAGGAGUGACGUCGGGCGAUUUCAAAUUUGAUAACCCAAAUACAAUAUUGAUCAGCGGAGCUUUGAAUUUAACUCGGCCCAUUUUCGAUUCGAUUCUCGUGCUUCUUCGCUAUAAUGGUACUGUGAGUUUCGACUACAACAACAACAUACAAUUUAAUAGUUGUGGAAACCUCGAUGGAGAAUAUUGGAUCGGUUUUAAUAAACUGCAUCAAAUUACCAAUAGUUUCCGCUGCCGACUUUGCGUUUCCAUUGAGGGUAGGGAUUCCUGGAAAGGCAUUGCCCGAUAUGAUAACUUUGUUGUUGGAUCGUAUGACGAAGGAUAUCCGAUUAGAUCUUUGGGAACCUACACGGGCAACGCCGGCGAUUGCCUUCGACCGCACGAGAGACAACGGAUUGUAAAUUAUCGUUCAGCAAAUAAGACAUAUAAAUGGUGGGGCUACCAGGAUGAACCACACUGCAACUUAUUGGGCGAAUAUGUCUAUAUGAAUGGAAAUGACGUUUCCGGUUACAAUUUUUGGUGGGGAAACCGUAUUGCCGUUAAGAAGUGCCAACUAUUUAUUCAUAAGUAUGUUUAAACAUACUUUCAUUCUCUACACAUAUACAUUUUUCAUUCAUUAUAAAUUAUUAAUUGACUUGCGUUUACAAUUUACCCCAAUAUUUAAACGUGGUUCCUUUUUCUAACAAAACUCACAAUAAUUAUUUGAGGAAAUUUUUAUGAAAAAAAAACAUUUUACUUCAAAUGUAAAACACUUACAAAAUGUAUCCAGUGGAAAUAUCAAAUAAAUCAUAUUAAUG